CAACGGCUGCCACGAAGGACAGUUGGGCGCGAGCGGGCGGGCGAGCACGCGCGGGGGAGGGAAGGGGGCUUUGUUCCCACGGUAGAUAUUUUGUGGCGGGUUGGGAGGAAGAGCUGCGCGUUGGGAACCGAACUCACAUCCGAACAGCGGCCGUUAAAAUAAUAAUAAUAAUGGACCGAGGCUCGACAGCUGAGUCUGCGCCUGCGCUGAACGUCCUGCGUGACGCGCACGCAGCGUUUCGGGAGCAACGGUACGAAAGGGCGGAAGAGCUGUACAGCAGCUACAUCGAGUACUGCGCAUGCGUCAGCAGUCAUGAUCUGGCAACAGCAUUUAACAACAGGGGACAGAUCAAGUAUUUGAGAGUUGACUUCUAUGAAGCAAUGGAGGAUUAUACAUCAGCUAUAGAAGCCUGGCCUGAAUUUGAAGUCCCAUACUAUAACAGAGGAUUAAUAUUAUAUAGGCUAGGUAUGGAAGCAGGUUUCUUUGAUGAAGCCAUGAAGGAUUUCAACAAGGUCUUGGAGCUAAACCCUAAGUUUGAAGAUGCUUCUCUGAGUUUAAAGCAGACUAUUCUUGAUAAAGAAGAAAAGCUAAAAAGAAACUAUUGAAAUUCUACUCCAGAUGAACCUGGACAAACUUGAGAUUCGAUUACCUGGUAAUAGGAACACACAUUUUCUCUGCCUUAGAUUACCUGGUAAUAGGAACACACAUAUUUUCCCCACCCCACUUCACUAUGUUAAUUUGUUAAAUUUAAAGUUGGUUAAUUUGAAGUGUAACCUGUUUGUACUGUGGAUGUUUUCUAAUGACAGAGCAGAUUAUUUUUAAAAAGUACUGUAUUAACCUUG